AUUAUAGCUUGAACCGAAGAAGAAGACGAAGUACCAUUGCGCAUGCGUGCAGUUGUAAACCGAAGAAGAAUAAAAUGGCGGACGCUUCAAAAGAGACGGAGCGAGCCCAUCGAAUUUAUACAAGUCUUCUGGCUGCGCCCUGUCCCCUGCUGGAAGGUGUGCACUUGCAGGAUUCUGAGGACAUGUUGCAGGUCCUCUGCACUCCAUCCCAGCUACGCACUGACAUCCUGACCUGGAUCUGCUGCAGUAUAGACCCAAACUUUGGCAAUUUGAAAGAGAAGGCGUCGAAGGUCCGAGACCCUGAUAUUUUGACCAGAGGGAUUGCUGCUUUUGGCCAGGACCUGAUGCUGUGCAAAAGAGACAACCUGGACUUGAUAAAGGGUGACGCAAAUUGCCGCCAGCAGCUUCAGUUCUUGGAGCAACUUGUCGCUGUGGUCCUGGACUGCCACGUGUCCACUGAGCAGGGUGCAGAGAUGCUCUUGAACACGCUCUUUGCUGCAGAGAGUCUGCCUCAUCUCACUCAGAUGUUGACACCUUCACUGGACCCUCACUGGCCCUCCAACACCACGGUUUUUGUACACAAGAAUUCCAAAUCCAAUCUCAAGCCAAGAAGAGACAACGCUGAGAACAUUGCUGCCGUCAUCCAGUCUACUCGCUCCAUGCUGGAGAAGCUACAGUCUGAGUGCCACUUCCUAAAAGAUGGGGUGCCAAGUUCCCGCGUCUUCACCCCCAGCGCGCUGCAUUUGGCGCUGGGCGACCUCCAGCAGUUGAUGACCACAUUCUGCCACGUGUAUGAGACGGACCUGAAAGCGUGCUGUGCUCGAGAGCCGCCGAGUUUUAGCGCAGAGACCGAAGUCUUCCAGAGAGUCCACGGACUGCUGCUGGCCUGCAACACGGAGUUGGAAAUGCUGAAGGAAGUGUCGGAAGCAUCGGUGUGUGUGAGCGACCAAGUGCAGCAAACAGAACUGUACUGCGGGAGUCAAGGAAAGAAAGGCACUUUAUCUGAUCAACUGGAGGAACUCACCAAGCGCUACAAAGACUAUGUCUCCCGCCUUCAUUCAUCCAUGCACCAAUAAAUGGCUGGAUCAACAUUUAUUACAACAUAGAGCUACCUUUGAUCACACUUUUAUACAUGUUAUUGUUCUGUCCUGUAUUUAAGAAAAUAAAGAUGAAUAGACCUUAACGCUUGGCUGUU